AUGUUGAUAUUGACUAUUUCACAUAUUACUCUUCUACCAUCCAAGGAGUUUGGACUUAUAAGACAUAUCCAAAAACAUGCAAUGAACUUCUCCCCGGCCCGGUAUUGGUUGAGUCUGUACUUCUGGGACCUACUGCUGUACUGGAUACUGGUCGGUAUAAUGAGCUUCGUAAUGAUCGCCAUCAUGGUCGCCACUAUACCUAUGACACAUAUGAAGUAUGUCGAUCUAAUUAUAGUUCCUUUCAUGUUGACUGUGUAUGGGAUUGGAUGUGUGCCUCAAGCCUACAUCUUCAGUUUGGGACCUCGGAUGGCUCUGAAUACUAUGACAUUUGUCAUCGUCAACCUUGUUUUUGGUGAAACGACAAUAUUAGCAAAAAUAUUCUACGGCGAUGUUUUCAGUUACGCCGUGGACUUUAUGAGUCUCUCUCCUCAAUUCAAUAUGGCGUACGCCUUUGUGAAGAUAAAGCAGAUAUUUUUGUACAACAGCGAGUGUGUCAUAUUCGAGAGCAGGAAUCUUUGUCCACUUAAUACAUUUCAUAAAUGCUGCCAAAAAUGCGGUGUUCUCCAAGACUGUUUCUCGAGAAAAAGUUAUUUCACCCGCUACCCUGGAGUGGUCAUGGAAGUGAUUGCGACGUGCACUACAGCUGUCUUCUUCACUGUUCUACUUCUGCUCAUUGAAUAUAGAAUAUUCUACCGUUUAUGGAAUUAUGGGACUGUUAAGUUAGGUAACAGGGACAAACCUCAGGUUGAAUUGCGGACACCUGGCAGUGAACGAGAGAAGUUUGACGUGUUCAACAAGAGGCAACAGAUCGGGAAAACUAAACACAAUGAAAAGGUGGACACUUUCGGAGACUAUGUGUUGGCAUCAAAUGUGGCAAAGAAAGUUGGCAAUUUCUACGCGGUCCACAACGUGUACCUCGGGAUUGGAAGAGGAGAAGCAUUGGCAUUGUCUGGACUCAAACAACAGGGACGUAACACGCUGGGUGAAAUACUGGCGGGGUACAAGACACCAGAUGUAGGCAACGUGUGGGCCAUGUCAAAAUAUAAACUGAGAACACAACCGCAUAAGUAUAGUCAGCAAGUAUCCAUCAGCUGCGAACGCGACCUGCUACCUUCGUGGAUGGUGGCCAGAUCCGCUCUGGAACUCAUUGCUGCACUGCGAGGAGUGCCUCGCAAGUUCAUAAAAGAUGAAGUUAAAAACUAUAUCAUGGCUCUUGAAUUACAAGAGCUUUCAAAACAGUAUGUUGAACACAUUCACGCGAACGAUCUUACUCGCCUGCACUUUGCUGCGGCAGUGAUUGGAGCACCUCCUAUCAUCGUGCUGGAUGAGUGCACUGCCUACCAGGAACAUUCUGUGAGACGAGCCAUGUACUCCAUUCUCAACGUGCUUAGGAAGAGAGGGCAUGCUAUCUUCAUUAGUUCUAGCAGCAUCGAGAGCCACAUGCCAGUGACAAACAAACUGGCCAUCAUGCUGGACGGUCAUAUUUUUGACGUGGAUUCUGUUGACAACAUGGUAGAGCGAUACAGUGAGAAGGGAUACACCGUCGUUGUGCAUCUCAAGGACGAGGUCGAUGUCACUAUUAUGUUCGCAAGAUACUUCAGGAAUUUUGUUCUCAAUGAUACAACAGAGGUCCUUGUAAACAUCCAAGUACUGGACUCAGACUUAACUUGGGCGGGAAUAUUUGAAAAAAUGGAGGCUUUGAAAGCUGAAAACAGAGAAGUCUACUCAUACAUAAUCACUGUAAUCCCUAUAGAUUAUAUUUACAACACAAUAAUUAACCAGAGCACUGGUAACUAUCGGGCCAAAGGAGUCUGUUCCUGGAAGUGGAUUAAAAAAGUAAUGUCUAUCAAGCCACAGAUCGUGCCCAAAAAGAAGGCUCUAAAUAAACUGGUUCCAUUUGAACAAAAGUAUGAUAUUACAAGACUGAAAGAGCUCCCUUGGUCUGUUAUGUUUCAUAGAUAA